CCUGUGCCUAUGGAAGGGGGUAUUCUACCUUUUUGAUAGCUUCCCUGGUGCAGAAAUUGUGGGCUGAUGUUGAAAUCCAGUUACAUCUUUCUUUUUCCUUAUUUAGGAUACAAAGAAAAGAGAUUUCCUUUAAUAUGUAGAAGGAGGCCUACAAAUCGAGAGAGCAGCAAGCAUGAUCCCUAAACCAAGGACAUUUGCAGGAUCUUCUCAUUCUUAUUUAAUGCAGAUCUUGGCCUGUGUUCCGGGAAGGGGCCCAUUUCUUCCUUUGUAACUUCUAUCAUCAUCUUUUUUCCCCCUGAGAAAGAAAAAAAGCAGUAUGAGGAGCUUGCAUUAAAGAGACUGAAAGUUUCGUUAGAUAAAAGAUGAACCAUGGAGGCCGAAACAGCUUCGGGCUCAGAAUCAGGUCUUGAAAAAAGGUGUUGUGGAUGAACAAGCGAAUUCUGCUGCUUUAAAGGAACAACUGAAAAUGAAGGAUCAAUCGCUGAGAAAACUGCAGCAGGAAAUGGACAGUUUGACAUUCCGAAAUCUGCAGCUUGCCAAGAGGGUAGAGCUACUUCAAGAUGAACUGGCUCUAAGUGAACCCCGAGGCAAGAAAAACAAGAAAAGUGGAGAAUCUUCUUCUCAGUUGAGUCAAGAGCAGAAGAGUGUCUUUGAUGAAGACCUGCAAAAGAAGAUAGAAGAGAAUGAACGGUUGCACAUACAAUUUUUUGAAGCCGAUGAGCAGCACAAGCACGUGGAAGCAGAGCUGAGGAGUCGGCUGGCCAGUCUGGAGACGGAAGCGGCCCAGCACCAAGCUGUGGUCGAUGGCCUGACCCGGAAGUACAUGGAAACCAUCGAGAAGCUGCAGAACGACAAGGCUAGACUAGAGGUAAAAUCUCAGACUCUAGAAAAGGAGGCCAAGGAAUGUCGACUUCGGACAGAAGAAUGCCAGUUACAGUUAAAGAAUCUUUAUGAAGAUUUGUCAAGUAGAUUAGAGGAAUCCUUGUCAAUCAUCAAUGAAAAAGUACCUUUUAAUGAUACAAAAUAUAGUCAGUAUAACGCUCUGAACGUUCCAGUCCACAAUAGGAGACAUCAGCUGAAGAUGCGGGAUAUCACUGGGCAGGCCCUGGCUUUUGUUCAAGAUCUUGUCAAGGGUCUUCUGAACUUUCACACCUAUACAGAACAGAGGAUUCAGAUUUUUCCUGUUGAUUCUGCCAUUGACACUAUAUCUCCAUUGAAUCAGAAGUUCUCACAGUAUCUUCAUGAAAAUGCAUCCUAUGUCCGCCCUCUUGAGGAAGGAAUGCUUCAUUUAUUUGAAAGUAUUACUGAGGAUACUGUGACUGUCCUGGAGACAACUGUGAAGUUGAAAACUUUUUCAGAGCAUUUAACCUCUUACAUAUGUUUUCUUAGGAAGAUUCUUCCUUAUCAGUUAAAAAGUUUAGAAGAAGAAUGUGAAGCUUCCCUUUGCACGUCUGCAUUACGAGCCAGGAAUCUAGAGCUGUCCCAGGACAUGAAAAAGAUGACAGCUGUAUUUGAGAAGCUGCAGACUUAUAUUGGUCUUCUCGCCUUGCCAAGUACGGAGCCAGAUGGACUCCUUCGGACAAACUACAGUUCUGUCUUAACAAAUGUUGGUGCUGCUCUGCAUGGAUUUCAUGAUGUCAUGAAAGAUAUUUCCAAACAUUAUAGUCAAAAGGCUACAAUAGAGCAUGAACUUCCAACAGCAACACAGAAGCUCAUAACAACUAAUGAUUGCAUCCUGUCAUCAGUAGUGGCAUUGACAAAUGGAGCAGGAAAGAUUGCAUCUUUCUUCAGCAACAACGUGGACUACUUCAUUGCUUCUCUGAGCUACGGGCCUAAGACAGCGAGUGGAUUCAUCAGUCCUCUCUCAGCUGAAUGCAUGCUGCAAUACAAGAAAAAAGCUGCUGCCUAUAUGAAGGCUUUGAGAAAGCCCCUCUUGGAAUCUGUGCCUUAUGAAGAAGCACUGGCAAACCGCCGGGUCCUUCUCAGCUCUACUGAAAGUCGAGAAGGUCUUGCACAACAGGUUCAGCAGAGUUUGGAGAAGAUUUCUAAACUGGAGCAGGAAAAAGAACAUUGGAUGUUGGAAGCACAGUUAGCUAAAAUCAAGCUGGAGAAAGAAAACCAGCGAACUGCAGAUAAACUGAAGAGCACAAGUAAUGGGCAGGCGGUUGGGGUAGCCCAGGAAGGGGCCGCCCUGGUGACCGCUGCGGGCCAGGAAGACGCGUCCGCCAAGGCUGUGCCGGAGGCUGUUCACAGCACUAGUCUGAUUGGGAUUUUAACCAGGACGUCUGACAGUGAGGCUCCAGAUGUGGAAUCUCGGGAAGACUUAAUUAGAAAUCACUACAUGGCAAGGAUAGUGGAACUGACGUCUCAGCUACAGCUGGCUGAUAGCAAGUCAGUGCAUUUUUAUGCUGAGUGCCGAGCACUCUCUAAAAGACUGGCCUUGGCUGAAAAGUCUAAAGAGGCACUGGCAGAAGAGAUGAAAGUAGCCAGUCAGAACAUCAGCAGACUUCAGGAUGAGCUGACAACGACCAAGAGGAGUUAUGAGGAUCAGUUAAGUAUGAUGAGCGACCACCUGUGCAGCAUGAACGAGACACUAUCUAAACAGAGAGAAGAGAUUGACACACUAAAGAUGUCUAGUAAGGGGAAUUCUAAAAAGAACAAGAGUCGAUAGUUUACAGAGAGCUGGUUGGUGACUUCUUUGCAGAGCUGCUACUGCUGCGCGGAGCUGCGGGGCCGAGACUCCAUGUCCAGGACUGGCCGCCUUCAGGAAGCUGGAGUGUUGUUGGACCUAGUAAAGUAGUCAGUGUUGUAAAUGGCCUUGAAGUAUUUAAAAUAUAUUUGUAACCAGUAAGGUAAAUCCAGAAUUUGAUGUUGACAGUAAAACGGAAAACAGUACACAUACCAUGGAUAUUGUAGGUUUCCUUAUGCUGUUUUUACUGUGCACUUUUUAAAAUUAGGCUUUAAUUUCAGUAUGUAAGAACAACAAAUAUUUUGUAUAUUUUCAAACUCAGUGAUAUGGUAAUCAAUUUGGUAUCUGUGGAAUAGGUAUGUGUUUCUGGAUAAAAUGCUUAAAUUGUCAAACUGUCAUUAAUUCUUGCUGUAAUUGAAAGCAGUCUCCAAUUCUUUUUGAAGACUUGUUCAUUCUCUCUCUCUCUCCCUCCCUCUCUCCUGCUCUCUCUCUCUCUGUUCUGGAGGGAGUGAGCCUUGAAAACUUCAGAUCUUGUGGCUUUAUUAUCAUUGUCUUCAGCUCUUCAGUACCCUCUCUGUGUUGGAAUAAUAGGCUUAAGGAAAUUGAUGUCAAUAAAUUCAUACUUAUAUCAAA